CCACCGCCCUCCUUUUCACCUUUUCUCCAUCCACCACCAUCCAAUAUCUUCCUCAUAAUACUCCUUAAUUCAUCAGCACUAGUACUACUUCUCCUUUCUCCCACAUACCAUCUCCUUCUUCAAGUGUUUUUCUGAUUGUUCAAUUCCCUCAUUUAUGGAAGCUAAGAAGGUGGUGAAGAAGGAGAUGGAGGGCACUGAGGAGGUUGAUGAGGAUGAUCAAUUGGGCUGCUCUGAGGAUGACAAGAAGAAGAAGGCAGCAGCUGGGGGCUCCGGGAAGAAGGCCGCCGCCGCGAUGAGGUGCUGUCAAGCUGAGAGGUGCACUGCUGAUCUCACUGAUGCUAAGCAGUACCAUAGGAGGCAUAAGGUCUGUGAGCAUCAUGCCAAGGCUCAAGUGGUGGUUGUGGGCGGAAUCCGGCAGCGCUUCUGUCAGCAAUGCAGCAGAUUUUACAGUAGUGGGUAUUGCAGAUUCCAUGAGCUCUCAGAGUUUGAUGAAGCCAAAAGAAGUUGCCGCAGGCGUUUGGCAGGACACAAUGAAAGGCGCAGAAAGAACACAGCUGAUCAUGCAGAAGGCUCAAGCCGGAAAGGCACUCAGUUGAAGGAAAUCGUUUGUGGGCAGGUUGAUGAUAGAGGCAGAAUUCAGAUUACAAUCCAAGAGAAUGCCGCUUACAAGCAUUUCCAGAUCAGAUGAUCAAAAGUUGUAAUUGUUUUCCCACCAGCAUGCUCUCUCUCUUCUGUCAUUGUGAGGCACUACUAGAAUAAUGACAGUGGUUCUACUGUUCUACCUCAUAUGUAUGUAUUGAACAAAUGUACUCAAGCAUAGCAUAGCAUAUGCUAGCUGCAGCAGGAGGAUUGUAACAUUCAUUUCACAGCCCUGGGGUCAUAUGGCUUGUUGGGGGGCAGUAGGUAUCUGUGAGGGAUGAAAUGAGUUUGACAUACAAACUUGCUUAAUAUUGCUUAGACUAUAUGUAUCUUGUAUUUGUCAAUUGGGCUCUUACCCUAAAAACCGAUGAAUCUUGUUGGGAUGUAAUAAUAUGGCUCUUAAACUCAAA